AACGUGAUAUUCUGUAUUGAUCUAACUUCUCUUUGGGCAGAACAAAGUGGUUAUUGGAUGAAACGCUUGAAUUUUCUGUUCAGUAUAAAUAUCACGUAUAAAAGUUGAAGUAAUCAAAUAGAGUGUUCAGGAUUAUUGAUAAAAUAACUCAUAUAACUGUUGGUAAAACUGCUUGACAGCCUGCCCAGGAACGAUGCGGUGGUUGAACUGUGCUCUAGGGAAUUCAAUGUGGCUAGCUGCCGUGAUCUGGAACGAAAACUACCAACAACACCACCAGAAAGAUUACACCAAAAAGAAACGUAAAAUGGCUAGCCCAGAAAAGAAGCGCAAAAUGGCUCCUAAGGUUUUUAACGAUCCUAUCCACGGUAAUAUAGAGUUACAUCCCUUGCUUGUGAAGAUCGUUGACACGCCGCAAUUUCAACGUCUGAGAUUCAUUAAACAACUCGGUGGUGUUUAUUUUGUGUACCCCGGGGCCUCACAUAACAGGUUCGAGCACUGCAUCGGCGUUUGUCACCUAGCCGGACGAUUCGUGCGAGCGCUUAAAGAAAACCAACCGGAACUGAACAUAACACCUGAAGAUGAACUUUGUGUUGAAAUCGCAGCCUUGUGUCAUGACCUUGGACACGGACCGUUUUCUCAUCUCUUUGAUAUGAAAAUUAUUCCUGAAGCUUGGGAAAAGCGUAAAAAGAAUGGGAAAUGGACGCACGAGCAAGGCUCGAUCGACAUGUUUGAUCACAUGCUGAAAGUAAAUGCAGGACUUGCAAGAGAAUUCAACGAUAUAAAAUUCACGGAAACCGAUAUAACAUUUAUUAAAGAAUUGAUUAAUGGACCAAAAAAACAUGAGCGCAAAGGAAGAACGGAAGAAAAAUGGUUUCUUUACGAGAUUGUUUCGAACGACCGAAAUAAGAUAGACGUUGACAAGUGGGACUACUUUGCACGUGACUGUCACAUGUUGGGUAUUGGGAACAAUUUUAACCACAAUCGGUUAAUAUCAUUCUCAAGGGUAAUAAGUGUCAAAGGAAUAGACGGAAAGUUUGAACAGCAGAUUUGCUACAGAGACAAAGAAGCUACAAACCUGUAUGAUAUGUUUCAUAUCAGAAAUUUACUCCAUCAGAGGGCGUACCAACACAAGACAAGCAACAGCGUCGAAAUCAUGCUGGCCGAAGCUUUGGUGUUAGCUGACGAGUUCAUAAAAUUCGAGGGCGAAGAUGGAAAACUUGUCUGCAUGUCCGAUACAGUCAAGGAUAUGAAGGCCUACACUCUUCUAAACGAUGGAGUCAUUCAUAAAAUCAUAGAAAGCGAUAGAGAGGAACUAAAAAAAUCAAAAGAAAUUCUUAAUAGGAUUCUUCGACGAGAUUUGUACAGAUGUGUCGGCGAAAAAAGGUUUGCUGGAGGGACGUUUGGGAAAGAAGUAAGUUUAAAUCGCUGUUGAAACAAACAGCGUGACGUUGCUAUGGUUACAAAUAACUCGAA